CUCAGCGAAAGAGUUUCAGCUGGACGUUUUGGUCGACGUCUGACUGGACGUCUCUGCUCUCUUCAGUCGAGUAGAAACGUAAUGGUGGACGGGUGGUGGGUCGGGCGGCAUAGUGUCAUUGAAAUUAUGUGAUUAGUGAUCCGUAGUGAGUUGUAGUGUGUUCAUAAAUAGAAACCUGUUAAGUACUUUACAACAGCGGAUACUGUCGUUUCCCUUUAAUGGAAUUUCGUUGGAUACAUCCGAACGCAUAAGGCUUGCUCGACUCAGAUUCCGAGCCAACUAGCAGACUACUAUCAGGCUGCUUUCUUCUCAAACAACGAAUCUGAUUGGUCCGAAGCCUUUCACAUAGCGCUCUGAAGCUACUUGGAUCUAGUCCAAAGGCUUUAAUCAAACGCGAUGACGAAGUAGCAAUUUUAGGUUUUAUAUAAACCACUCAAGAAAUAAGGAAACUGGAUGGAUAGAUAAUGGAGCAUCAAUUGGGUCGAAAGCAGAUAGCCUCGCCUGAAGUUGCUUUAGCUAGUGAAGUCUUUGAUCAAUUCUGUAAUGCUUCUACCUUAAAAUCAAUUCUUGGCCAUUUUCGUCAUCUCUGCGAUUUACUAAAACUAAAACCAAACACCUUCAAUCAAUUCUAUCCAAAGUUAAAAUCUAAAUUAAGAUCAUGGAAAGCACAGGCUUUAUGGAAAAAAUUCGAUCAACGUGCCAAUCACAAAUGCUACAACAGAGGAAAGGCAUGUCCGAAUACAAGGGUUUUGAUUAUUGGAGGUGGCCCGUGUGGCUUGCGGUCAGCCAUAGAGGCGCAACUGUUAGGAGCGAAAGUAGUUGUUGUGGAGAAACGAGAUCGAGUAACCAGAAAUAAUGUUCUUCAUCUCUGGCCAUUUGUUAUUCAAGAUCUUCGCAGUUUAGGCGCUAAGAAAUUUUUUGGAAAAUUUUGUGCUGGAGCCAUAGAUCACAUAAGUAUUAGACAACUACAAUGUAUUCUGCUUAAAGUUGCCUUGGUACUUGGGGUUGAAUUUCAUGAAAAUGUCAGCUUCGAUGCAUUGGUGCCCCCUCCUGAAAAUCAGGAGGAAAGCAAAAUCGGUUGGAGGGCAAAGACUACACCAGCCGACCAUCCAGUAUCUCAGUAUGAGUUUGAUGUUCUACUGGGUGCCGAUGGUAAAAGGAACACUUUGGAAGGCUUCAAGAGAAAGGAAUUUAGGGGAAAGCUAGCUAUUGCAAUAACUGCUAAUUUUAUAAAUAAAAAAACUGAAGCCGAGGCACGAGUUGAAGAAAUUAGCGGCGUUGCAUUUAUUUUCAAUCAAAAAUUUUUCAAGGAAUUGUAUCAAGUGACGGGUAUUGAUUUAGAAAACAUUGUUUACUACAAAGACGACACCCAUUAUUUUGUUAUGACUGCCAAAAAACACAGCCUUAUUGACAAAGGUGUCAUCCUUCAGGAUCAUGCAGACACUGCCAAGCUUCUGGCAAUGGAGAACGUUAAUCGAGAAGCGUUGAUGCAGUACGCAACUGAGGCUGCGGAGUUUUCGACUGAGUAUCAAAUGACUAACAUGGAAUUUGCUGUUAAUCAUUACGGGCAACCAGAUGUAGCCAUGUUUGAUUUCACGUCAAUGUAUGCCGCUGAAAAUGCGAGUAGAGUGUUGGAGCAAAAAGGUCAUCGAUUGCUCAUGAUUUUGGUCGGGGACAGCUUGUUGGAACCAUUUUGGCCAACAGGAUCUGGGUGUGCUCGGGGAUUUCUUAGUUCCUUAGAUGCUUGCUGGGCCAUCAAAGCAUGGAGUACCAUGACUCCGUUGGAAGUUUUAGCCGAACGGGAAUCUAUUUACAGACUUCUUGGGCAAACAACACCAGAAAAUCUCAAUCGAGAUUAUGCUGCGUACACUUUGGAUCCUCACACAAGGUAUCCAAACUUGAACCCUCGGCUGGUCACACCGAUUCAAGUGCGUGGCCUCUUGGAUACGGAUGAUCCAGAUAACAUUGAACAGCCUUCCAUGCAACCAGCUGUAGAUAUUCCCAAAAAGCGACGUCGUAGGGAUCUUGGAACAGACUCUCAGGUCCAUCCAGACGUACUUCUUCAUUGGUUGCGCAAACAAGUGGCUCUCUAUAACACGGUGCACAUAGCUGAUAUGAGUUCGUCGUUCAAAGAUGGUUUGGCUAUCUGUGCAAUAAUUCAUAGAUACAGGCCUGAUCUAAUAGAUUUUCAUUCUUUGAAAUCUGAAGAUGUUGAAAAAAAUAAUCAACUCGCAUUCGAUAUACUGGAAAAGGAGCUGGGAAUUUCACCGGUAGUGACUGCGGACGAAAUUGCUUCCUGUGAUGUGCCUGACAAGUUAGAUAUGUUUUCAUAUCUCACUCAAAUAUAUGAAACAUUUCGGGGUGAAAUUCCACACAUUAAGCAUCCAAAGUUGGAACCUGAAACCGAGGAUAGGCCAACUUUCACCAAACAAUUGAAACAACUAACUCCGGAACAAAGAGCACAGCUGUUGGGUCGUAUUACUAAACAAGAUGGUACUUCCCGUACAAGACACUCACGUUCUAGGCAUGGCAACGAGUAUGGACAGUCAGCAUCAGAAAAAAAAGCUGAUUCACUAAGUCGCCGAUCCAGAAAACGACGGAGUACCGACAAAAUGGGUGCAACAACGGAGGAAAGAUUGAAGAGACUCGAAGAUAUAGAAAAUAAUCGAAGUGAGCGUAUGAUGAAACGUCAGUACUUAAGAAAAAUGGCGAAUCAGCAGUUCUAUAAAAGUAUGCAGAUGCUACAGGCAAAUGCCAAACGAGACAAGGAUGAACCGUUUGAAGAUUAUUCUAUAUUUCUUUAUCGACAAACAGCGCCCGAUUUCAAAGAUAGGGUGAAAGAGCUAGAACAGAAAAUACUUUAUCCAGAUAGGGAUCCAAAGGUUGGAGGUGGACCACAACGGGGUGCUGCUGACGAAGAAUUUUCUGGUCGAAUAAAAAAUAUUGAAGACAAAUUGAAAGGGACAGCACCAACUGAAAAAAAGCCCAGAGAUCUUUUACGCGCCAUCGGAAAAAUAGAACCGAGUGAUUGGAAUGUCAAGGAAAUAGAGAAAAAAAUUGAAGAAAAUAAAAUGGGACGCGGAGCCCGUCAGCAAAAAGUUGAACGGGUCCCGAAAUGGAGUAGAGAGCAGUUUUUAGCUCGACAAAUCAAGAUGGAGAAAAAAGGACGAGACCCAAAUGAUUCGGAUAGUAAGUACGCUGAUUUUGACAAUACCCUCAAGUUUAUCGACAAGAAGAUUAAGGAGGGUAACGUUCUUGGUCACAAUAAAGUCUCUGCCAUGGCCGAACAAUUUGCCAAUAAAAAUCAAGAAGCUGAACAAAAAGUGCAAAGAUCGAAUUCUAAGGCGGCGCUAGUAUUACCUGCGCAAGGAGGAUCAGAGAUGUGUCAUUUUUGCAACAAGCGAGUUUAUCUGAUGGAAAGGCUUAGUGCUGAGGGCAAAUUUUUCCAUCGUGGCUGUUUCCGUUGUGAAUAUUGUUCAACAUCUCUUAGAAUCGGAAGUCACAUGUUUGAUAGAGAAAAAUCUGGUGGUAGAUUUUACUGUACGCAACACUUCGGAUUGUCCGGAACGAUGAAAGCUAGAGUGGAGAAGAAGAAGAUAUCACUCAUCAAUAAGGAAAAUAUUCCUAAUCUUUCUCCUUCCAUGAAGACACCAGAAAAACCUAAAACACCUUUGGAAGGAGUAGUGGGACUUGAUUUGUUAGACCGUGGCCAAACACCUGAAAGAAUAGAAUUUGAAAAUCUGGCUGGCUUGUCAGAUGCGGAAGAAGCUCAGAGUCAAAUGGACGAAGAUGAAUGGACGGAUCGCAACUUUGGUGCGUCUACCGCAGAAAUGGGAUCCAGUGAUGAAAUGUCCUGCAUAAGUGAUUCUGAUGAUGAUAACGAGGUGUACGAGGAAGCCUUAGAUCAACCACUCACUACUGAAGGAACCUUAGAACUUGCAAAGAAAUGGACUCUACGCUAUUCUCACCCACAUGCCUCAGGACAGCAUUCAGAUUCCGGAAGUAACGAGUACGAAGAUUACACAACUGAAGAUGAUGAAAGCGGUACAGCCACAGAAGAUGAGGAUGAUGAACGUGCCAGAAAAUUAAGAAAACAAGAAGUUUGGCUGGAAGAUCGACCCCAUGGAUCUGAAACUGAUACCGGUUCUGAUACAGAGGUGGCUUCGGAUGACGACUCAGCUGAAGAGAGCGAUGAAAACUCGGCAACAGAAAUUUCGACAGACUCUGAAUUCGAGCAUGAUGGCACAACACCCACACAACACGAGAUACCAGAGAUAACCAUAAACGAUUCAUUUGUUCGAAAAAGUAGAGGAAACUACGUGGAACCAAUAACUGUCCAAGUGAAGAGUCACGUCAUAUCUCCAAUGAACGGUAACUUAAAAGAGAACAAAGGUGCAGGUGUGCAAUUGGAAUUUUCUAAGAUUAAUGCCAAUAAGGAAUUGGGUGUUGGUACCAAUCAAGCCAAGUUACACAUAGUCCAAUCAAGUCCUAAAAUAGCUUCACCUAGCCCGCUCGUCAAUCCCAGAAAGGGUGAUUAUCUCUUGAAUCGCACGCAUUCCACAGAAGGUAUUGCAUCAAAACUCUCUUUGGAACUUAAGAAACGGUACUUACUUGGCAGUUCCGCACUGACUGGAUCUGUCAUGAAGUCGGGUUCGACGUCGAAUGUAGAUACAAAAUUAAGAAGCUUCACAGACAUCAUAUCCCAACACCAAAAGCUACUGAAUCCAGCUCCUGAACCCAGUCCAACAAUGCAAGCAUUUUUACAAGGCACAAAUAAGUUGCGAUCUAGCAAUAUUCAGCUUUCCCCUCUUUCACCAUCUACUGUCAUGACAAGUUCACCUUUCAAAGGAGCUUCACCUCUUCAAUCUCCAAAAAUACUCUCGGACAUUGAAUUGAAUAAAUCAGCAGAUACAUCCGAUGUAUCUAAAGUACCCCUACCAGACUUAAUAAAAGAAACAAAUAUCAUGAAGUCUAAAACUGACCCGAAUAUUGUCCACAAAGAUUCUCAGAAUAUAACUGACCGAAAGUUAAUCGAACAAAUAGUCAUGACUGACGUUUCGAAAACUGUGGUACAUGCCAAUGAAGAAUCGAUAACAAACGUGUGCAAAGAAUCGGACAGAAAUACUGAAGAUGGUGACCCAGCAUAUGAAAGUAUUGAGUGCCGACCUCGAAGCCCAUUACAUGAAACUUCGAUCAUUGUGCCAAAAGUAGAUUGGAGAAAAAACAAUAAGGAAGACUGUAAAGAAACUGAGACAUCCGAGGACUCAGAAAUGGAUAGUGAUUCUUUAUCUUGCAGCGGAACGGAAUUUGAAGAAUUACCUGGAGCAGUGGAGCACGCCGCAACUAAUUUAUCACCUCCCAGAUUACAAAUACAUAGCACUAGCGGUGAGUUACUGCUUGAUGAAGAAACUGGUAACGAGAAGCAACUUGAAGUUGGUAUAUCAUUUGAACCAGAUUCAAUUGAAUGUGUUCAAGCAGAUGAAAGAGGAGUGGUUAAUCCAGUUAUAAGUAAAUUGUUUGAGACUCAUUCAUUCGGAAAUGUCAAUAUCCCUGAAAGAGAAGAAGCGCUUAAUAAUAAUUUGAGUUAUUUGGAACCAAAGGAUGGCGGUAAAAACACAUUGAGUAAUUGUAGCAGUCCAACAUCUGCCAGAUCAGGUGCGUCUAGUGAGCAUGAUGAUUCUGAAGAAAAUGAUAUCACAACUGCCGCACUUACGGAAACUGAGUUUUCGGAAUGGGCCCGAGAUGGCGAAGGAUUGGUUUCUGAGGAUUUACGUGAUGUCGAGUUCAAUAUAAACCCUGAAUUCGUAACCACGCGCAGUAGUAGAAAGCACAAACAUGUGAGUGUGCCUCAUGAUAAUGUUCCAGCUAGAAUAGCUAGGGAAGAAGAUGUAACUGACUUAGAUUCUGAUAGUAACAAAAUAAGCACAGAAAUUGAGCUUCCCAUUAAUCACACUUCAGAACUUCUUGCCAACGGUGAGAAUAUAGAUUUUAUGGAUACUGAUAACGAGUCUCUUUUAGAUGACAGUUUGCAAGAUGCUACCAAUACAACUUUAUUGAAAAAUAGAGGGUACAUCGAAUUCGUGAAUGUCAAAGAAACAACUCCCAUUCAAACUUCACACAUAUGUUCGUCUGAAGCCCCAAUUGCAGAAACAGAGUAUGAUCAUGAAUUGGGUUCAGAUGAUGAUCAGUACAAGGACGAAAAUGUCAUAGAAAUAAAUCCCAUUACUAUGAACGACAUUAAAGAUAGAUUAUACAGUACCGUUAACAAGAACGUGAAACUAGAAUCCUAUCACAGUCCUGCAACUGGACAAGAUGAGAAUGAAACUCCUGAGGAAUGUGUAAAGAAAGAAGUUUUUCAAUCAAUGGAAGAGGAUAGUUUGUUAGUAGCUGAACCUGCUGAAGAUACCACGACUAGUGAAAUAAUAACUGUACUUGCUAGUCCUAUAAAUCCACAUCCUUCGACAGCUUUAAUGAAGACAGAAAGUCACGAUACCGAACCGUUGAAACAAGUUUCUCCUUCGCAUGAUGGAAAUAGUCCUGAUUAUUUGGAAUAUGUGAAACGUUUACAAUCCAGAAUUGCAGAGUUCAGCAAUGCAAAAGAUUCUAUAGAUGUGAGGAAAGGUAGAAGAAAAAGUUCAAAGUGUUUGGGACAUUUACGCUCGCAGGAGAUGAUUGCAGAAGAGGUAAAAACUCAGGAAGCUCAAGGUAAUAACAGUUUUAAUUCGCCUGCAACAUCUCGCAAACUUGAAGAAAUCACGAGAGAACGAUCUAAGCAGAAAUAUCUUAUACAGGAUAUAUUAAUGGAUAAAUUACAGGCUCAGAAGCUGAAGUCAGCUGAGAAAAAAGCCAAAAGAGCGGCCAGAACAUUUUCAUUCAGUCCUGGUAGCAUUGUAUCUCCUGCAAAACCAUUGAAUGUUCUUGAAUCAUCUCCUGUGCCACCGAAAUUUACACCAACAUCUACAACAACUCCGACGAACAGCCCAGUUCAUACUACUUUUGCUGAAGCAAAAAAAGCACUGGACUUAGAAACACCAGUAGUAUGUUUUACACCGGUAAACACUGUUGAUCACUUGAAUUUUGGCAUGCUAGAAAAACAAACAACUCGCAAAGCUUUCACUCAGAAGUUCCUCAAUUCAGAGAAAUCUGUUGCGCAAAUGUCAGAAAGUGGAGUAUCGGGAGCUCCUCAGACGAUGAGCAAUGUCUAUAGUAGUGAAUUCAUCACUCCUACAGCUCCACCAAGAAUCAAACACGAAGAAGCUAAACGGACGGCCGAAAAAGCUAAACAAGAUGCUCGUGCUCGGGCCAGACUAAAGAGUGAUGAGGACUUAGGUUUGAGUCCUGAAGAUAGAAUAAGACAGUUAAGAAUGAAAGUGCCAAGAAGACAGCUUUCCGUGGAGGACAACAGGGGAGUUAAUGAAGAAUUGAUGCCUGAAUUGAGAACGCGGCAUUAUAGUUUCGGCUCACUAAGCCCAGGAAAAAAAUUGCAAACUAGCAAAAGUACUGACAAUGUGAAGGUGUUUACUAAAAAGGUGAACACCGAGACUAAAGUAUCUGGAAAUGCCAAGUCUAUGGAUGAACUGUUGCAGUCUUCAGAAACUAAAUGUGAAAAUGACGCGAUCAUAAGCAAGAGGGACAAGAAAAAAUCAAAGGAUCCCGAAAGAAGGAAAAGUAUUAUUCAAGCAGUAUCCGAUUUCUUCAAAAAAAAAGAAACUUCGUUGUCACCGCCAAACCAGAGGGAUAAAUUUUCAAGGUUCAGACUACCCACGAAGCUUAGGGAUAAAGGGAAGUUGUAUAAAUCAUAUUCGGAUGGGUCAGAUCUUGACAAGGAAUCAUUCCACAAAUUGAAUAACAGACCUAAAAGUGUUUGUGAAGGAAUGCUGAUGGGAAGUUUUCUUGAUGGAAGUCCACCAUUGGUUCCACCCCCGCCAGUGCACUAUGCUCUCACUACCUCACAGUUGUCAGAUGAUACUUUGUCUGAGGAAGACUCGAAAACUACGGCUCUAUCGAUUUCACAGACCCAUCGAGUGUCAUUACCUGAAGAUUCAUGUCACAGUAUGCCACGUAAAGAAAAAACUGCUAAGAGACAAGCCAGGCAGACACAACUAAAAAGAUUACGAAUGGCACAAGAAAUCCAACGAAAAUUGGAAGAAACUGAGGUAAAGCAACGAGAACUGGAGAGCAGAGGUGUCAGCGUAGAAAAAGCUCUACGUGGGGAAGGAGAAUGUUUGGAUCGAGAGGAGGCUGAUUUAUUGCGUGAAUGGUUCGACUUAAUGAGAGAACGAACGGAAUUAAGAAGAUACGAAAAAGAAUUACUGGUACGAGCUCAAGAAUUGCAAUUAGAAGAUCGACAUGAACGUCUCGAACAGGAAUUGCGUGAACGCUUAGCUGACGAUGAUGGAGGAAAGACAAGCGACGAUGUGAAAAAGGAAGGAGAAAUUCUCACAGAGAUGCUGGAAAUUGUAGCGAAAAGAGACUCCCUAAUUGCUUUACUGGAAGAAGAGCGACAAAGGUGGCGUAGACCCUCGUGCCCAACACUCACUGCACCUGCCACAGCCAUUGUCACCUCUAACGGUAUCAAGACGAAGACCGUGACCUGGAAGCUCAAAUGUUGGUUAAAGGACUAACUCCUUCCAAGAACUCAUCCUCUCCAUGAAAUUACAAUGCCAAGUGCAAAUUGCUUCUCUUGUACCCAGAUGCAGGCUAUGCUAAUCAUUUUUGAAUUUAUGUAGUUCAAUCUGAUGACAUGAUAUCGAGCUUAUUUGUGUGCUCGGAAAACAAUCACAAUUAAACCACAGUGAUUGCGAUCAGAUCAAUUAUACAAAUUUAUACAACAAAACAUGCAUGCAAUAUUUUUAUCGAUUAUUUUCACAAAAUCAAGUAAGAAAAAUCGUGAUAUGUAUAUUCUAUAAUAUGAUAAGUUUUAAGAAUCUAUUUUUCAUGUUCGUUAAUAGACUGGGAUAAUUAUUAGUUCAUAAUUUUUCAUAAUGUACCAACUAUAUUGAAAUGUAAAUAGGUCACAAUGGACAGUCUAAUUUUCAUACUAAAAUGGCUUAUAAAUUAUUUUCAAUUUUAUAUUUAAAUUUUGCGACAUAUUUCGUUACAAUUGAUCAAAAAUACAGACGUAGGUGUGACGCAUGCUGCAACCUUCAACUAUUAUGCCUAACCAGUGAGUAAAGGAAUAAGGAGUAUUUACUCGCUUGAAGUGAAAUUUUUAAAGCAAUAAAACAGAUGUUUCGAGUGCAUUUUUCACAGUUCAAGACUGGUAAUAAUGAUAUGCGGAUCCUAUUUUACCGAUUUUAUUUAUCAAAAACGAUAAUCUUAUCGAGAGUUCUCUUCUCGGAAUUAUAAAUGUCAUUACUUACAGAAGGUGGAAUUGAACAAAAUUUACACGAAUGAGUAAAAACC